UACGGCUCGCGAGGCACGUGCAACGCGUUUGAAGACCACCCCCUAAAAACAAAGACCACGGCUCCUUAGUUUUGCCAGAAACAGUCCAGCUAUUGUUAUAAAUCGGUCUGGUAAGAUUGAGCUGGGGCUUUGCCAGGAUGUCUGCAAAUAUUGUCUAUAAAAGUGCCCCGCCAGAUGGCAGGCCGGGUACUCUUUUUGAAGGGAAGAAAUUCUGGCUAUCCUACAACGUUCCACAAAGGAGCAGAUUCAGAGAACUCAUUCAGUGGAAUGGCGGCUUUGUAGUACCGUUAGAAAAAGAUGCUGAUGUUAAAUUGGUCGACUACGUGAAAAGGGAUGCCCCUCCAGACAGCUUUUCAUAUCGAUAUAUCGAAAGAUGUAUUCGAGCUGGACAUCAUGUGAGCCUUGAGGCCCAUCGGGUUGGCCCAGCUGAACCCAAGUCUCGUCCUACAGGUGCCUCUCAUAUUCCGCCAAGAGCACACAGGAAACAAUUUACGAAGGAGGAUGACGAGAUUCUCUUGGCAUGGGUCCAGGAUUCUAUAGCAAAAGGCCUUGCCACUGCAGGAAACAAAAUCUACGAGACUCUGGCACAGCAGCAUCCACAACACACCUCUCAGUCAUGGAGAAAUCGCUAUGUAAAGAACUUCCGCGGACAGGGGCUCUCUACAGCACUGUCUUCCGGAACUAAACGUGUCUCCACGUCUGAAGAUGCAAAUAGAACUACUUCCUCGGAAAGCGCCCCCAUGAGAGAGCAGUCGGAGUCUUCUAGAAGUGGCGAAGUUUCCAAGUCCCCACGGGGAGAGGCAGCGCAGGAAGGGUCUCACAGCGCUCCUAAACCAGCUAGAAGCCGUCAUCUGAAUCCGUCGCAACAUGCCCCGAGUACGCCUGUGGACCAACAAGAACAGGUACCACUGAGGAGCCCGUAUCAUACUCCAACCCUGCCUCAAAGGCCGCCCGGUCAUGGCCAGGAGCCACCGCGCGCAGUACGUUCGGGCAUGGUCCCCAAUCCCAAUGGGGUCGGGCAACGGACGCAGCAGGAUGCGACGCGCAUAGAAGAGCAAGUGCGAAAAAGAAGACGGAUAUCCCUUGAUAUCCCAACAUUCGACCCAGAUCACCAGCCAGAGCGUAAACGGAGAGUGACUGAUUACGACCCAAGGUUGUUACCAUCGACUCCUAUCCAGCCUCCCGUAGAAGCAGAAAAGGCAGAAGAAAGGCCAGCUCCAGACACUACAGAUGAUGAGACACAGUCUGAGGAUCGGUUCGAAACCGCGCCGCAGUUCGACACCCAACGGCCGUCGCAACCCGACGAUAAUCUACUUCGGGAACUGCCUUUUCUCCCAUCCAGCCCAUCCGAAGAAGAAGAAACUCAGGAGCGCCAAGAAGAGGUUAUCAACGAAAUUGACCAAUGGAUCAAGGCGCGCGUAAGGACAGGCAAGGCACAGAACGAGCAGCAGGUCAAAGAGGCAUUGCGGUGUACAACCAUGAGCCCUGACCUAGCGGAUGUCGUUCUGAAAUAUCUAGUGAAAGGAAAAGGCAUUCCUCAGAACAUGCGCGGGGUAUGGACUCCUGAGGAUGACAGCCGCCUGCAGAACUCGAAUGCCAGAGAGAUGGAGCGUUCGAUUGAAAAGCACGGUAUGGAACUUGCGAAAAUGAGGAAAAAGUAUCUUCGAAUGGCCCAGGGCGCUUAGGUAGCUUAUCAGCGUUGGACCAUAUGGAUAAUGUACAUACAGUUAACAACUACUUGGUACCAUAAACUAUGAUGAGGAUCCCGCAGAUGUCUGAAAAGCCUACGCUA